AAUGAAUAAAACAGCAAUGCGUAAACAAGAACUGGAAAGACCUCCGCCCCCUUCCCCAUAUCAUCUCAAAUGAAACCAGUUCCGUAUUCGUUCAACCCUCUGUUGUAAAAAUCAAUGCGCAUCAUCAACAUGGACCCAUGACAUGUAGAAGGUUUGUCUUAAGGACAUGUAGUGCCAAUGAUGUCAUGAAGGAAGAGGAAGCCAGGGGCCUUUCUGCAGAGUUGAACCUUGAUUCAUAAAGUGCUUGAAUCUGCAUCCUACUUCAUCCUUGCAUCAUCUGUUGCCCCACCAUUGGCCCUUUGUGACAAUGACAUCACAGAGGAAACACCUGGUGAGGGACUUCAACCAUUUCAUCACCUGUUUUGUCUGUAAAGGGUACCUGAUCAAGCCCACCACCGUGACAGAGUGCCUGCACACCUGUGAGUACCUUGAGUCUCAAUUUUGUAAAAGCUGUAUAGUCCAGCAUUUUGAGGACAGCAAUGAGUGUCCAAAAUGUGGUAUCCAGGUUCAUGAAACAAACCCCCUGGAGAUGUUAAGGCUGGAUAACACUUUAGAAGAAAUCAUUUUCAAACUUGUGCCUGGUCUUAGAGAAAAGGAACAGCAGCAAGAGAUUGAAUUCUGGAGAAGAAACAAGUCAAAGGAAAAUGCUGAUGAGGAUGGCCAUUUAUGUAAGAGAGCCAAACUAGAUGAAGAGGAGGAUGAUAAAGGUGAUGGAGACUAUCACAGGAGUGAUCCGCAGAUAGCCAUCUGUCUAGACUGCUUGCGCAACAAUGGCCAGAUGGGAGAGAACAUUGUUAAGGGCUUAAUGAAAAAAUUUAUUCGCUGCUCAACAAGGGUGACUGUUGGAACGAUCAAAAAGUUCCUAAGUCUGAAGUUAAAGCUUCCGAGUUCUUAUGAGCUAGACGUUCUAUGCAAUGGUGAGAUCAUGGGCAAAGACCACACAAUGGAGUUCAUCUACAUGACUCGCUGGAGGCUUCGGGGAGAAAAUGCCUACCCAAUGGUACUUGAAUAUCGACCACGCAUUGACUUUGGCUAGGCUGAAAUAGCCUGCACUAAUUCCAGCCUAUCAACAGACAGCAAAUUGAAUGGACGUGUUCAGUUUGGAAGAUGUACUCUUCCAGUCUCUUGUGUUCAAUAUCUCACAGUUGCUCUCUUUAUUGGGAUAUCCAACAACAUGUUCACUGUCCAACAUAGAGACGAAUACUGUUAGAAAGACCUGUUAGCUUAAUGCAGCCUGUGAAAUGAUUGUCACUAACCACAUAUCAGUCUGUGAUUCGUGUCUUAUUCCAUGCCGUAGUUUAUUUACCAAAUUGGCACAACAGUCAUGUUUAAGGGCCUUCAUCAGUUUGCACAUGACAGGAGAAUAGGAUUUGAAAAUGGAUAUGAUUGUGCCUUUUCCAGUACUUACAUUGUCUUAUUAAGAGAUUUUUUUUAAAAUUUUUUUAAUUGUUUUUUGGGCUGGAUAGUUAAGAGAGACAGGAAGUUAAAGGAGAGAUGGGGGGUUUGAUCAGGGCAUGACCCAGUCUGGACUUUAACCUGGGUUCCCGUGAGCCAGUGGCUCAUAUAUGUCAAGAGCACCACACACUGCACCACAGCUCUGACUUAUUAAUAGCAUUUAUUGACAGAUUUUGAGCAUACAAAGAGUUGUUUUUUAAGUAAAAGAUGUGCAGAGGUGUCCUGUUAUAUAGGCUUCAUUAUUCAACGUAGGCUCUUUGCUUCCAUUUCGGAUUUCUUUUACUGGCUUACCUGUUUGGGAACAAAGUAUGUUGUUGGUUAGGAAAAGGGUUGGGGUUAAGGAAAGGGUAAGGUUAGGGGCUCACUACAUGUUUGCUGCCGGUUUGGAGCUCCUGCACCUUUUUGGUGCUCUGUCUGCAGCUAUAUCCUUCUCCAGAAUUCUGUAGUGUACCUUUAAGAGUAUUAAUAUUAGUCUCCUGCUAUAGAAGGUUCUUAGCUAGGAUAGAACCAGUUGGCAGGAGUUUUGAAAGAUAGUCUGUUUUUGAUUAUUUAAAGGGGUUUAAAUUUAUUAUGGGCCAUAUCUCUGUGCUCACACAAAUGCCUUUUUUCUUUUAAGGGUUUUGGUGACUUAUCUCCACUUGUGCCUAAUUUUUUCAAAUCAGAGUUCAUUGGUGAACCUAACUUAGAGGUUUUGUGAUAUGACUUAAGGGAUCCUGAUUGAAAAAGAGUUUAGCUUUAUUGUCAUUGUGUAAUUGUUAGAUUUUUGGUUGGCAAUCAGUCUCUCAAUUGUAAUACUUUGGAUUUUACUUUGCAUGGCGAAAUGGGUAUAAUGCUCAAAAUUGCUGUCUUGAAUCUAAGCUUUAAAUGAGUCAUUCUUGCCUGUAACAUGUCAAAAAUAAGUCCUCUGUGUUUAAGUAAAUGUUAAAGUAAACAGGAAAUAGUCAUAGUAUUCUCUUGAAAAGUAGAAAUAAGGGAUUUGGUUGACCACAUAAAAAGACAUCCUUACAGUACAUUAGUCUUGUCAUAUUACACCAAAGACACUCUACAACAUCUGACCACAUGGAAUAAAUAGGCUAAAAACCUGUUGCGUUACAACUACAACACUCAUAAAACAGAGGCCAUGUGGAUAAAGAUAAUGCUUGAAUAUUUGUACGUGGAAAAAACUACCUAACCUCUAAAACGGAGUGCAAAAUAGACUAUAUGUUUUGCCAAUAUUCAGCUGCAUAUUUGUGCUUUUGUUUUGAUUUUGGAAAGCUGGUAACACUUUAUGAUAAGGUUGUAUUAGUUAACAUGAACUAACAAUGAACAAAACUUUAACAGCAUUUAUUAAUCUUGGUUAAUGUUAAUCUCAACAUAUACUAAUAUAUUUUUUUUAACAUACUUUAUAUGUGAAUGUAAGAUGAACAUGAACCAACAAUGAACAGUCAUAUUAUUUAUAAAUUAACAUGAACCAAGAUAAAAAAAAAAAAAAUGCAGUUUAAUGAUACCUAAUGCAUUUACUAAUGUGAACAAAUAGAAUCUUAUUGUUAACUGUUUCCAAAAAAGUCUUCUCAAAUCUCUCUGAAAAUACAAUCACAAGACAUUUGAUGGAACCCUGUUGGAAAAAUACCUUUUUAAUGUAUUUUGGGAUUGUGUUUGCAAAAAAGGUUAUUUCAAAGAAUAUUGUUCUGUGGAAGCAGAACUUAAUGUGUUUAGAAUAGAAAACGUCCUUGUGCUGCAAUGAUCAACAUGUAUUUUUUUAAGAAGCCGUUGUAGGUAUUUUAUCUUUAAAAAUGGAAAUGUAUGUUGUUUGUUUAACAAACACAAAAAUGCUGCUUAAAUAAUCUAUUCUAUUUUUCAGUGUAAUGUCCCUAAGGGGAUUCCUAUAGAGAUUAGUCAUGUAUAUAUAACAUAUGCCAGUUAUUGUACUGUAUUUGUGUGUCUUUGUUCAGAAAAAAAAUACACUUUUGAAUUUUGAUGAAA